CGCUACAAUACCGCGCAUGCGCAGUAGGUCGAUAUGGUCGAAAGAGCGCAUCCUGCAUGAUUUCUGGACCCCCGUCGGAAACGUCAGGAGAUAAACAGAAUAUUCCGGAAAGAAUUGGAACUUCAAGAUGGGAGAUCGGGUGAAUAACUUCCCUCCCCUGCCUAAGUUCAUGAGAAUAAAGCCAUGCUUUUACCACAACAUUGAAGAUGACAUUCCUGAACCCCACCAGCAGUUGGUGCGCAGAGUCUACACACUUUGGAUGAUGUAUUCAGGCACCCUGUGUUUAAAUGUGAUCUCAUGUAUUGCUUGGUGGGCCGGGGGUGGAGGUGCAACCAACUUCGGCUUUUCCCUACUCUGGCUCAUCCUCUUCAGCCCGUGCAGCUUCACCUGUUGGUUUCGACCACUCUACAAAGCCUUCAGGGCUGACAGCUCCUUCAACUUCAUGGCCUUCUUCUUCAUCUUCUUCCUUCAGUGCAUCUUGGCCCUCAUCCAGACUAUAGGCAUACCUGGCUGGGGAACCAGCGGCUGGAUUGCGACAGUGAUGUUUUUCAGCCAAAAUGUGGGCUCCGCUAUAGUGAUGCUUAUCACAGCUCUGCUCUUCACUGUGGUCACCGCUUUAAUGGCACUGGUUCUCAUUAAGGUGCACAGAAUGUACCGCGGCGGUGGCGGUAGCAUGAAGCGGGCUCAGGAAGAGUGGAGCACCGGGAUGUGGAAGAGUGCACCGGUGAGGGAGGCAGGGUUUAACGCCGUUACUCAGACGGCCCAGGGCCCCAGCUUGCCCCAGUACCCGGCCGCGGUGCCGAGCUAUCCCGACAACAGUCAGUGGUGAUAGCUGAGAGUCGCCUCUAGAUGGAGACAGACAGCUGGAUGUCUCUGUUGGUGCACAGCAACACACUUCAGAGCACCACAUCAUCUCACACUUACCUGUCAAAAUGCAUAGGUAUAUAUAUAUAUAUUUUUCUUUUGAAUGAGAAGACAGGAUUGCUAUAAAAAAGUUUUAUCAAAGAGUUUUUUCAUAUGAUUCCAUUCCAUUUCAACUUUUGUUUACAUCUAGUUUAUUUAAUUGAAUGAGAGACACUUUUAUGCUCAAAAGUCUUGCAAAUAUGCAAUUGGAAAAAUCAAAAAAGAGUGGGAACUGUUUCAGGAUAGCAGUAUAGGAAGGAUGUGUGCCUUAUGGACCUUUAUGAUAGUUUUAUGAAAUUGCCAAAUCUGCAUGCUAGGAAUCAUAGUGUGCCAAACAACAGAGUUUUUCUUUCCCCUUUUGUAACAAGAGAAUGUUGGAGAACUGCAUGAUUUUUAUCUGUUUGAACUAAUUUUUGUGUAUUAUUCUGUCAGGAGUUCAGUUUAUUUUUGAUACGCUGUGCUGAAAAUCUCCAUGCUCGCCUGCUUUGGCUGUGAUUUCUUGAAAUGCGCCUUAAUAUUGCAAGCAGAUUUUGUAUGUGAAUAAUAUCUAGCUUGACUUUUGCCUUAAAAACAGUGCUUUUUUUGUUGCUGUUGCUGUUAAACUGGACUUGUGCUUCAGUGAAGCAACGAUUGGAAACAUUUCAAAAGCCGUUGUUGGUGCGUAAUCCUCCCCUGUGAUUUCUCACUGAGCACUGAUUUGCCAAAAACACUUGCCUCUUUCCAUUAUUUUGAGACUGUAAAAACAAAAAAGUCACACCCAAAGUAGAUAUUGUGUUCUCGGUUUCUGCAUUUCCAAAGCUGCACUGUUUGUUUUUAGUGGUCAGCGCCCUGCCAGACAGAACCUUAUCUGCUGUUGUCCAUGUUCCAGCCACUUUCACUUUCCACCACCAGAUAGACUGAAUUUUUGUGUUUGAGUGAUUGCAGUGUGCUUGCAUGCAGCCCAUGAUGAGAGUGGGACUGAACAGGAUACUCUAAUUUUUCAAAUGAACUGACCUCAUGUAACCGAUACAAACUGACAUAAACAACUGACUGAAAAAAAAUGACUGAAAUGGAUCAGCGGUGAAAUGAAAUCUUGCAUGUAAACAAAGUCAAAGUGUGUUUAAAUACAGUCUGGUACUUAUCUAUUAGGUGUGGACUGAUUUACUUUCAUUCCAACAAACAUUGGAAAAGAUUAAACCCAAUGAAUGUGGCUUUUUGUGCGAGUAUGAAAGAUAUGAAAAUAAGAACUUACUGGAAGAAAAAGGUGCCUGCAGCCUCAUAGUUUGAUUUUAUUUUUUAUUUUCUUGUUACAAAAGUGUCCUUCAUGGCCGACUGCCAAUAUUAGUAUUUUGAAAAAUGGAUAUGUUAAAGUAACCUUUAAAUAUUGCACCAUUUCAAUAAAUAUUCUUAUUCCCA